UAGAAACAUCUCCACUGCAAGAACAAGGUGUUUUACUUGCUGUUGAAGAUAACUUAGAUAUUGAAACUGAAGAWGKYAAUGAAGAGAGAAGCACAGACAUGGAUGUAAUUGAURCAAUGCUGAAAGUUCUUGAAGAAACCAAUGAUAACAACUUGAAUAGAAACAAUAGAACAGUAUCGUAUGCAGACUCUGGUACCAAUAAAGAUAAUGAUAAAAAUAGUGAAAAUGAACUUCAGAAGGAAGAUGGAAAUUACAYUGAACAUUUGACAGUGUUCACAGGUGACAACAACAGUGGCACUAGUGAUAAUUCUUUGCAAGACAUGUUCAAUGAAGGUGAACAGAAAGCUUUGAAACGUUCUUAUGACAAAAAGGUUAAAUAUGCUGGAGAGAAGCCCUUUGAAUGUUCCUACUGCAAAAAUAAAUUUAAUCAAAAGACACAUUUGAACAAUCACAUCAGAAUACACACUGGGGAGAAGCCAUUUGAAUGUUCCUACUGCAAAAAGAAAUUUAAUCAAAAGACACAUUUGAUCAAACACAUCAGAACACACACUGGAGAGAAGCCAUUUGAAUGUUCUUACUGCAAAAAGAAAUUUAUUAUAAAGACAAAUUUGAUCAAUCACAUCAGAACACACACUGGAGAGAAGCCCUUUGAAUGUUCUUACUGCAAAAAGAAAUUUAAUCAAAAG